AUGAUGACAAAGGUUGCGCUGUCGGCCCUCCUGGUCCUCCUACCCGUGUACUGCCUAAACGUAGAAAAACAAAACCAGGAGCCAGAAGAAAUAAACAACAUUACUGCAAAAUUACAAGUACAGAACAGUGAGCAUGAAAAGUUCCUCAACAUGAUCAACGAAAUUUUUUCCAACACUGAUGAAGGAUGUAAGUUAUCCUUCUCCAACAGUGGAUUUAGGUGUGCCCUUAACAAAUUCGAUGUCACUUUCAAUAACGAGUCUAAAGGAAUUAAUGCUUUAUUUACUUCCGAGCAUGAACAAAUUAUAAAAGAAGCUGCUGAGGAUUACAAAGUUCGUUUGAUGCUGGAGUUGCAGAACCUGAGCCCACCAAAUACAAGUCUACAGAAUUUUAAGAAAGAAUACCAAGGCAUAUGUAUGAAAUUCUUUUCUUCAUUGAGAAGGCAAUUUUUCCACCUGUACAGAAGUGAUGGUCCUGGUCAAGAUGGUGCAGACCAGAGCCAUGGGGACAUUACCAAUGCAGACCAACUGACAGAAAAACUUGAGUCCACCUACGAUUCUGCUUCAACUGAAGAUGGCUCCAGUGCAGGAAAAGUUGCAAACCAAGAUUUAUCCGAGCUGAUGGAUGAAGAUGAUGAGCACAACCCAGAUGCUCCCACCGUACACCAAAGCAGCUACUCCUACUCUUCACACACUUCUAAAAAAAUUAUGUUCGAUGGAAAUAAUGUGAUUGAAGAAAAUGAGACUUCCGUAAAUGAUGGAAGUGAUGAUCAAACUGAUGAUCUCCAACAAGGACCAAUGACCAAAGAAAAAGCUCUCUCCAUUUUUUUAAAAAAUACUUCCUUUACCAUUGAAGGACAUUGCACUGAGGAAGAACAAAAGGAAAAUCCAUUUAGCGUUUUCUUUAACAGCCAAUUGAGUAGAAACCACUUCAGCACUGCAUGCAAUGCAAAUGGAAAAAAUUUUCUAAGAAAGGCUGGUGGAAAUAGCCCUCUUCCCAUGGAACCCCUAAACCCAGAGGAUUUAAAUAAAAUGAUGGCCGACAUGCUAAAAUUUUUUGAAAGCCAAAAUGACGGAAAUGGAAUGAUGCUGCCCUUUUUGAACAACAUGAACUUUAAUGACGUCCUUGAAAAUUUGGGACUUCCACAUGGUCUAGACUUCGAAGGUAUGUUCAAUGACAUCCUCCAGGGAACAGGAGUCACCCCAAGCUGCAGGGGUGCGCGACCAACCCUGAACCAACCACCCACCAAGCAAGACCCCCCAACCACGGACGAAUCGAAUGACCAGCAGUGA